AAUUAGUAAAGCUUUUAAAGUUUGAUUUUGAGUAAUUGAUUUUAUAUAUCAAAUUCAUUUGAUUUAUGACUAUGACUUUGAUUCAAUAUAAUGUUUAUUGUUGAAAAUCUGUUUAUUAUGCUUUGAGUUUGUGAUGACUAAGUUAUUGUCAAGAUUAUUGAGUUUAAACUUCAUGUUGAACUUGGGUAUUAUGAUCUUGUUUUUGGGUUUUAGUUUGAGUAUCAAUUAGAUUUAUUUAGGUAAUUUUGAUUAUGAUAUCAAGUUAGGUUUCUAGUAUCAAAUUGAGUUCUUAUCAAGUUUUGGGUUCUUGUUUAACGUUGAUUAGUAAUGGUUAUUUGGGUUAAUUUUUACAUCAAUUGGGUAAUUAAUUCAAGUAUUAAAGUUGUAUUCAUUUGGGUUCUCUUUGAGUUCUAGCUCAUGUGGUAGUGUUUGAUUAAUGGUUACCAUUUGGGGUUUUGAUUCAUCUUCAAAGUUUAAAAACAAAGUUCAUUUAUAGUGCUUAAAAAUUCAGGUUCUGUCCUCUUUGUUAUCGACUGAUUUCAAGCAUCUUCUGGCCAUUUUUGGGUUUUGGUGUCUUCAUAAGAUUUGUAGAGUUCUGAGUCGCGAUCGUGUAGGUAUUUGAAUAGCCCCCAAAUGAGUUCGUAGGAUAGAGUUAUGACCAAAAUACUAACACUGUCAUGAAAAUCGAGAAUAAUCAAUCAUGAGAUUAAUUGUUCAAAUUGAGAUUUCAAUUGGGUAUUUCUUUAAUCAAGUAUUUAAGAUUAUUUUAUGUUUCUUUAUUGGGUAAUUUUAUCUUUCUCGAGCCAGAGGACUCCUUUGGUCACGCUCUUCUUUAUGGGUAUGAGUUGUCGCCAUCCAUCCCCAGACCCUGUCCAUAGUUUUUCUAUGAGCGGGAUACACUAGGUAGGAUGAUGAUGAUGAUAUUGGGUAAUUAUGAAUAGUAUAAGUUUGUUGAGUAUUAUUGACGGUAAUGAAAAAGGGAGUUUGGAUUGUUAUCUUUUGGCGUUAUAAGUUGAUGUACACAAGGUGUAUGUUCAAAUGAAUCGAUGAAGUUCUUUGGUUUUCUAAGUUGAUUUUUGGUUGAAGAAUUUAUUCAUAAAGGUAACCUACAAGCAAACUACUUUCUUUUAUAUUUAAUUUACGUAUUUUGACGUUCAAGUUAUGUUUUAUAAGGUGUGGUAUAGCUGCUGCUUUUAUUUGAGUAAAAUUGUAUAAUUUUUGGUGUUCGAAAUUUUGGAUUUUGACUUCAUUUGACCUUGCUUGUAGUCCUUGAUCAAAACUAUGAAAAUGAACUUUUCAAUAUUUUACUAUGAAAAUGAGUUAUAAUUAUUGAUUUUAAAGAAAAAUCAAGUGAUUUAUUGAUUCGUUUUAUAUUAAAAUGUUCGACAUUGAAAAAUGUCCGUUUUUGGGAAUUGGCAUUGGAUAUUUAUAUCCGGAUUACUGUGAAAUCCUAUAGCUUGAUAAUAGGUAAUGGUUAUUCGGAUCGGUCUCGAGCCCCCGAUCCCGUUUCGUUCUUGUAAGAACCAUAUUUUCAGUGAUGAGAUCACUCGUGUUCUCAGGAUUUAGAUCAAGCCUACUUCCUGACGGCCCAUAUAUUCCCACGUUUUAAACUGUUGUUACAUUAUUGUUUUUAAUGAGUUUUGAAUAAAUAUGUUUGGUAUAUAAAGUUUUGUUUGUUUCGCAAUGAAAGCAUAUGUUUCAUUUGCCGUAUUGUUUCACUAUUGACUUAUAAAGUAAUAACCGUAUUUUGAUUUCGCUAUUAACUUGUAAAGUUUUAGCCGUAUUUUGAUUCGUUAUGAACUAAAGGUUCAUAGUCGUGUUUAUGUUGAUACCAAAUGGUGUUUUUAAAAGAGUUGGAUUUACCAAUUGAGCAAAGAAUUUGAUUGGAAAUUUUGUUAAUGACUUGUAUAUAAGUGUGAUAGUUUGUCGGAUUACUCAACAAUUCAAUUGUUGACAGUCUUUGAUGGGGCCUUCCCUUAUGGGUGGGAUAGAUCCAUUUUCAGGUUAGCUCUGAUGUGGAGACGAUGCCUACUUGUAUUGUGUGUUAUGUGCGAGGCGAGGACUUCUUUUUGAAAUACAAAUGUAAAUUAGAUAUUUGUAAAUUAAAUUGUAAUAUUUUAUAAUGUUUUGUAAAUAAUAUUCACUUAAUUAUGUAAAAAGUUUUUAAUACUCUGAUAUUGGUUUGCUGCGGCUAUCGAGCCACAAGUUAGAUUCAGCCCAGACACUAUAAGUCUUCCGCUAUGCUUUGUAGACAAUAUUAUUAUAUUGUUUACGUUGGUUUUGGCUGUUUCAACUGGUCUUCACUUCUAGUAAAAUCUUUUGAACCAUAAUCUUUGAUUGUGUAGGAUGCUUGAAAAUCCAACACCUUUUCCCUUUGGAUUUCGUACUCUGUUGAUGUUGUUCUACUGAUUUUGACCAGCAUUCUCGAGCAUUGAGUCUCUUCUUACAAUUGUAGCAUUCUUGAGCUCCUCUUGAUAGAAGCUCCUCUUAAUUGUCCUUUUUGGAGUCUCCUAACAUUUUGCUUUGUGUUUCUAGGUUGAUUACUUGAAUCACGAGUCUUCUCACUGUCUUAUUUGGCAUUUUGUUACCAAACAAAGUUGUAUCUUCAUCCUUAACAAAAAAAAUCCAAACCUCUGAUUAUUAAGAGCCUCCUAGUUGGCUAACACAUUUUCAAACUCAAUUUAGGGUCAAUUGUGUAGCCUAACCUCGAAUUACUGUGACAAGACUAUUUAAGCUCGGCUUCAAGCUACGAGCAAUGAUCCUUCUCAUCCUUGUGUUUGCGAUUGAGUUCUUAGGGUCCAACUUUGUAAUUUUCUCACAUAAAAAAAUGAAACUCAUGUUUUGUUCGGUGUUACUAACUGCGAACAACACGUUUUUCAAUUUUUUUGUCUCAUCUAACGUUAAUAACUGCGAACAAACAAUUUUGACCAAUUUUUUUGUUCGCAGCGAACAUAUCUGGCCUUAGGCUCGGACAUGAAGAUGCUUAUUUUUGAAAUUAAAUUUACUUGAAACUUAUUUUUUUUUAUUUCUUUUGUUAAAAUUACUUAAUUGUUUCAAAUUUUCCCAAUCUGAUAAGUUUUUUUGUUUGAUCCGUCCCAUAGAACAAUUGAACAAAGGGAGUUGGACACUUAUAAUGUUAACUUUUUUUUUAAUAAUUUUUUAUAACCUUUUUUCCUUGAAAUGAAAAGGAAAAUUUUAUAUGGUAAUUCUAAAUUUUUUACUUUUUUACGUGAAAGAUAAAUAUUUUUUUAAAUCUAUAGUGUGACCGUGAUCAUUCAACUUUUCCACGUAUUAUAAAAAAGAGAUUUUUUUUAAUUUCACGCUAUUUUUACCCAAGUUAAUUAUUUUUUAAAGAAAUAAACGUAAACAUCACCCUAAUUGACCACAUAUUUUAAAAUCUACUCAAAAUAAAUAAUUAAUUUAUUACUUAUAAAAUGUGAGUAACAUUUUAACACUAAUAACAUUUGCUCAAAUGAAUAGUGUUUUCUAUUUUAGCUGAGAUCGAGCCACAAUAUUGUUUCAAUUUUUCCUUUGCUCUAGUUUUUCCUUUCCUUUUUCACUUUUUCCUGGCUCACCUUCCUAAUUUUCCCUUUCUCCCUCAUCACUUUCCCUUCAUCCAUUUCCCUCAUUUUUGGUUCCAUUUUCGUUCAAUUGCUGAGUUGUUGAUUUUGUUCUAUUUUCGUUGUUCUUGAGUUGUUAAUUUCUUUAAUCUACUAGAAAAUCUACAAGCAUCCCAUGUUUGUUCAAUUUUCGUUCCAUUUCUUCAAUUCCUUAAUCUACAAGAAUCCCAGUUCAGAUCCUUUUUCUGUUAAUUUUCGUUCAUUUACAGAGUUUGGGUUUAAUCCAUUUCUGCUAAAACGGGAGGAUGGGAGCUCGCCGGUGUCUUGAAGUUUGGAAGAUGGGCACUGUUAGCUACUUAAACGCACUCAAACUCCAGGAGAAGUUGGUAUCCGAUAGAAAAGGUCAAAAGAUAAAAGACACUCUUCUUUCUUUGCAACAUCCUCCAACUUAUACUCUAGGAAAACGUAAAACGGCUCACAAUUUGCUAGUUCCUGAGACUGAGCUGAAAAAUAUGGGAGCUGAACUUCACUACACCCAAAGGGGAGGGGACAUUACAUAUCAUGGUCCACAUCAAGCCAUAUUGUAUCCCAUCGUAUCUCUUCGUGAUAUUGGAGUUGGCGCUCGAAAUUAUGUGGAAAAACUUGAACAAACAAUGAUUGAACUUGCAUCUAUUUAUGGAGUCCAAGCCCGCCCUGGAGAAAAAGGUGAAACCGGGGUAUGGGUUGAAGAUAGAAAGAUCGGUGCUAUUGGUGUUCAUAUUCAAUCUGGGAUUACAUCUCAUGGUUUGGCUUUUAACAUUGAUCCUGAUAUGAACUACUUUACGCAUAUCGUCCCUUGUGGGAUUUCAGAUAAAGCGGUCACGUCUUUGAAAAGGGAAACAGUUUUGGAACUUCCUACUGAAGAUGUGAUUCAGGAUCAGCUAAUAGAUUGUUUUGCUAAACAGUUUGGAUUUAGUCUUGUUUUGUUAGACAACACUGAAAGCAAUGUUCAAUAAGUUGUGUAUUUUCCCAUUAUAUUGAUUGUGAAAUUCACCUAUGCAUCAACCUGUCUCGGCAGUGGCGGAUCCAGAAAAAACGAGUGAUGUCAAUUUAAGUAAAACACGCUUAUUGGGUUUUGAUCCCUGGUCACUUGUGGAAACUGGAGUCUGGAAGACAAUACACUAACCAACUUAUCUAGGGUAUAUAUAACAUUUGAUUUUAUUUUGGAUUUUAAUGAUGUCAACUGAUCUCAGUGACAUCACGCUAAAUCCGCCACUGUGUUUUGGACUCUUGAUAAUUUGAUAUGUAGAGCACUACGCUUUUGAAGUGAUGACCGCCCUAAAAAAUGAUCCGUAAGGGUGUAGAAACCGAAAAGGAAAGAGGAAACGACUUUGCUGUUCUGUUCCUAGAAAUAUAACAUUGUGCUUAUAUAUUUGAAGGGAUUCUUGGUUUACUGUAAGAGCUACAUUAAUAUCAGCUAUUGUAUGAAUGCUGGUUUUGACA